GUAGGGGGCGCUGCCGACGGCGACGCCGCCCCCGCCGCGUCGCCGGAUGGCCCGGCACAGUGCGAGCCGACCUGCGACGGCUCAGCGGAGCAGGGGCCAGCGCUACCAGACGCGGGCGCGAUCGGGGGCAGCGCGGCUGCGCGCGCCGCGUUUGCGACGCGCUGCCGCCGCCGAUGCGCCGCGAGCGCGAGUGGCCAGAGGCGGGGCGGUUGUUGCCCUCAGCCGAACGCCGACCAGCGCGCGGCGCCUGUUUGCGCGGGCUUCGCCCUGGCCGACGAUUUCGCGCUG